AUGUACGCCGCAGGCUAUGGCUUUGGGAACGCUGCUCCUAAUUUCAACGCCGGCGCCCCACAACAACCCGGAGGGCAACAGCAGCAGCACCUCAUGUACAACCAGCAACAACAGUUCGCCGGCAUGGCUCCCCAGGCUGCCUUUGCGCCGGGAGCCAACGCCCAGAUGAUGCCUGGUGGCUCUGCGGGCAUGAUGCAAAACGCAGGCAUGCCCCAUAUGGGAGCGAAUGGCCAGAUGCCCAACUAUCAGCAACAAUUCGCCGGCAAUCCGUACGGUCAGGUCAUACCGCCUGGAAUGACACCUCCCAAUUUCAAUCAAAACAACUUCAUGAUGGCCGGCGGCGCCAUGCAGGGAUUUCCCAUGAACCAGUCCGGGAUGCCUCAGCAUCAGCAGCAGCAACCGCAACCGAAUCAGCAACAGCAACAAGCCCAGCAUCAGCAGCAGCAGCAGAUGCUACAGCGACUAGCUCAGCAGCAAGGUCAUUCAUCGAUGAAUCAGAUGUCGAGUCCUCAAAGACCGCCCAGUGCCGCCCAGUCCACGCCAACCAAUGCCCUCCCAUCCCAACAAGGUCAAUUCCAACCGCCGCCGCCGCCUCAGCAGCAACAGCAGCAACAACCACAGCCUCAGCAACCUCAUCAACCUCAGCAACCGCAGCAGCAACCAUCGCAGCCUCAACAGCAGCAGCACCAAACCCCGACGCCUGCACACGCACAAACACCAACUAGUUUCCAACCACAGAGUGCCGAUGGGGUGACGCCAAGCACGCCCAGCUUCCCUCCAAACCCCGUCAGCCAGCAAGCCACGCCUACUGGAACAGGAACAGAGGCUCGCGACAACCAGAGAUUUACGUUGCUACUUGAUAUCAACCACGAGCUCCUAUAUGAGUCAAUCCAAAUCCAGAAGUCCCAGGUAGAGCUGAAAAAGGAGCUCGCCGCUGAGGGUAAGGCAGCUCCGGACCAGAAAUUAAACGAAGAGCAAGCAGCCCUGCAGCAAGACUAUGUCCAAUGCAUGCGCCGGCUGCAAACCAACUUAUCAUAUUUAGCAACGCUAGCAGAUCGCAAACCCGAUACCAAACUGCCUCCCUGCCCUGCACAUAUGACGCCGCCCCCUUUGAACUUAUCCAUUAAGCUACGAGCGCCCCCAUUCGUUCCCGAAGGAGUCGAUUCCAAGGUCGAUCCUGUCACAGAUCGAGAAGAGCGGGAUGCGGACAUCAAAGAUCUAUAUGCACGUCUACAAGCCUGCUUUCCGGGAAUUGAUCCUACCAAAGAACCUGCGCACCGCCAAGGUGUGGCGCAACCACAAAAACCGACCACCAUGGGGAAUCCCCAAGCAGCAGUCUCCAAUCCCAAUCCUCAAAACGCACACCAUGCAAAGAUGGGCAGUUUACCAUCUGCGAAUUACAGCGGGAUGGGCGCAUAA